UGGUUUGAAAAGCUGCUAGUUUGAGACGCUGGGGUCCCGGGCCUGAGACCUGGAUGUGGGAAGAGCCAGACGACCUGUAGAACUUACUGCGGUUUGUGCGGAGUCCUCGCGGACCAACUCUGGCACCUGACGCCUUUUCGAGUCUUGCUGACCGAACCGCGGUACUGUUCCCCCCAGCCGUGGUAGCAGUCUGCGACGGGCGGACCGGGGCGGCCGUCAGCUGGUUCUCAGCCGUACGGUGUGUACCUCCAGACCCAGCUCAGGCCUUACCCUCGGGCCGUACGUCGUCGUUGCAGCGCCGGAUCUGGUAGCAGAAGGCCACGCGCAUGCCAGGCCGCGAUGUGAAGCACCAGGGCGCCUCAGAUCCGUCGGGGUUGCGACAGAAGUUCUCCCGAAGGUCCCUGAGCAGGCGCUAGGCUCAGCCUGGGCGGGAGCCCGGCCUCUAGCUCCGUCCCUGGUCCCGCCUUCCUUCAAGUUCUGCCCGGACGGCCCUCAGUUCCCACCCGCAGGACUACUGUGUCCCCAGGGGCGCCCGCCAACUCACUUGCACGCAUAUUUUUCCGGCGCAAAGCGAUGUUGAUGAGGAUGCUGCGCGUCCCAACGCUGGCAGGGCACGCCAGCGGCAGUGGUGUUGACCAUGCCCCGGUAGCCCUCGCCUUUACCGCGGAAGCAAUUGAGCGUCGUAGCCUCCUGGCGCGGCUGUGCACCGGACCCUUGGAUGGACCGAGGCGGGUCGGAGCCCAAGCCGAAGCUGAGACCGGGUCUGGGGCUAAGACGGAGCCCCGCUCUCAUUGGGCCACCGCUGAAUCACGCCCAGCCUCUCCUCACUUCCCAGCCAGGCCACGCCCCCCACGUGUCCCAGGUGCCCUCCCAGCCCCGCCCUUGAGCUCUACCGCAGCGCGGGAGGUCGCAGAACUCUCGCUCCACCUGCGGGUCAGUAGUAUAGCACCACGGCCGCUCCGAGCCAUCCGGAUUCCGGCAGUAGUUGUCGUCUAGAUUUUUGUCGAGGAACCUAGGAGCGUUAGCGGGGAGUGAACAAGCGCCUGAGACUCAGACCCUGUCUGGCUGGCCCCAACCAACUACUACCUUACAUCGCUCCGCCCUGGAGCCCUGGGCCCUCCCCUUGCCCGGCCCCCUCGUGCGGAGCUCGCCCACGCGUACUUGAGGGGCUCAAAUGGGUGCGGGUGCGGGUGCUGCAGGUCCCAGCGCUGACACUCGCGUCCUGACUCGGUGCGAUCCACUGAGCCGCGGUAAUCCUCGCCAUUGCACCAAAAGCAAACGGCUGGAGAGGAAGAAAUUGUGGGUUGGUGGACUGCGCUGGGCAUUCUCCUCCCGCCCCAGGCUUGACCUGGAGCCGCUUACCCUCCUGGCAGGACUUGAUACCGCAGCUCUGGAAGCGCACGGCAGGGUCCAUGGUGUAGCACCAGGGACCUCCAGGGUCCCUGUCCGGGUUGCGGCAGAAGUUCUCCUCCAAGCCGUUCCGGAGUGUGGGCGUGUACCUGGGUUCAGAGAGCGGCGAUACAGUGAGUGCGGGGCGGGGGUGGGGGUGGGGUGCUGGCUCCAGGCCGGCGGGAGAAAGGGGAUCUACAUUCCGUCUUACUUGUGGUCAUUGGGAAACCUGAGGUUCCAGCGCUGGCAGGGUAGGCCACCCAUGGUGAUGGCCACAGUGCCCCGGUACUCGACCCCAUUGUCCAUGAUGCAAGUCCGAACAUAAUCUGAGAGCAGAAGACCCAGGAUCAACAGCGCCUGAGACCUCAGCACCUCUCUCCCCAGCCCGCCCUUCUCCGAAGCCACUCACUUUUCUUUUGGAAGAGAUCAAAGCUCCCUGAAUGCUGCAGCCGUGUAUGAGCCCUCAGGACCACUGGCUGCCCACAAGAGAUGAAAGAUGGCGUCCAAGGGGGCCGGUAUGUCCUUCUCCCGCAAGAGCUACAGGCUGACCUCAGAUGCUGAGAAGUCAAGGGUCACAGGCAUCGUGCAUGAGAAGCUACUGAAUGACUACCUGCACCGCAUCUUUUCCUCUGCUGAUCAUGCAUCCACGACAGCUACCAGCAGGAAACCUCUGAACUUCCAGAAUCUCCCAGAACAUCUGGACCAGCUGUUACGUGUGGACGAUGAGGAGGAAGAGAGCCAGGGACAGGUUGAAGGGCGACUUGGCCCAUCCACUGUGGUCCUCGACCACACGGGUGGCUUCGAGGGGCUUCUUCUGGUGGAUGAUGACCUCUUGGGGGUGAUUGGACACAGCAACUUUGGUACUAUCCGCUCCACCACAUGCGUAUACAAAGGAAAAUGGGUCUACGAGGUGCUCAUCUCCUCCCAGGGGCUCAUGCAGAUCGGCUGGUGCACGAUCAACUGUCGCUUCAAUCAGGAGGAGGGCGUUGGAGAUACACACAACUCCUAUGCCUACGAUGGCAACCGGGUCCGCAAGUGGAACGUGACCACGACGAACUAUGGGAAGGCGUGGGCGGCGGGGGACAUCGUGAGCUGCCUGAUCGACCUGGACGAUGGCACUCUGUCUUUCUGCCUGAAUGGUGUGUCACUAGGCACCGCCUUUGAGAACUUAUCCAGGGGCCUGGGCAUGGCCUACUUCCCAGCCAUCAGCCUCUCCUUCAAGGAGUCUGUGGCCUUCAACUUUGGCAGCCGUCCCCUGCGCUACCCAGUGGCGGGCUACCGGCCCCUGCAAGACCCACCACGCGCCGAUCUGGUGCGGGCACAGAAGUUGCUGGGCUGCUUCCAGGCAGUGCUCAGUGUGGAGCUGGACCCCACGGAAGGGCAGCUGCUGGAGAAGGAAAGCUCUGAGUGGCAGUUGCAGGGCCAGCCCACCAUCCUCCUCACACUGGCCCACAUCUUCCAUCGCUUCGCACCGCUCCUGCGCAAGGUGUACCUGGUGGAGGCCGUGCUCAUGAGCUUUCUGCUGGGCAUCGUGGAGGGGGGCACCCCUGCCCAGGCGCAGUCCAUGGUGCACCAGGUCCUGGAUCUCCUAUGGCUCUUCAUGGAGGACUACGAGGUGCAGGACUGCCUCAAGCAGUCGAUGAUGUCCCUGUUGCGGCUGUACCGGUUCUCGCCCAUCGUCCCAGAUCUGGGCCUGCAGAUCCGCUACCUGCAGCUCACCAUCGCCAUCCUCAGCCACGAGAAGUCCCGCAAGUUUCUGCUUAGUAACGUCCUCUUCGACGUGCUCCGAUCCGUUGUCUUCUUUUACAUCAAGAGCCCCCUGCGUGUGGAGGAGGCUGGUCUACAGGAGCUCAUCCCCACCACCUGGUGGCCCCACCGCUCUGGCAGGGAGGGCAAAGAGAGUAAGGAGGUGAAGGAUGAGACCUCUGAGGAGCGGCUCCGGCGUCGCGCAUAUGAACGGGGCUGCCAGAGGCUCAAGAAGCGCAUCGAAGUGGUGGAAGAACUGCAGGUCCAGAUCCUGAAGCUGCUGCUGAACAAUAAAGAUGACAAUGGGGGUGAAGCUUCUAGGUACAUCUUCCUGACCAAGUUCCGAAAGUUUCUGCAGGAGAAUGCCAGCAGCCGGGGGAAUAUGCCCAUGCUCUGCCCCCCCGAGUACAUGGUCUGCUUCUUACACCGGUUGAUCUCGGCCCUGCGCUACUAUUGGGAUGAAUACAAAGCUUCGAACCCACGUGCCUCCUUCAGCGAGGAGGCCUACAUCCCACCCCAGGUCUUCUAUAAUGGCAAGGUGGACUACUUUGAUCUGCAGCGCCUUGGAGGCCUCCUGUCCCACCUUCGGAAGACCCUCAAAGACGACCUUGCCUCCAAGGCCAACAUCUUGAUCGACCCGCUGGAGCUCCAGGCGGCCACCAUGGAUGACCUGGAUGAGGAUGAGGAGCCAGCCCCCGCUGCGGCCCAGCGCCCCAUGCAGGCCCUGGCCGUGGGGGGCGCGCUGCCCCUGCCUCGGCCCGGCUGGCUCAGUUCUCCAACCCUGGGGCGAGCCAACCGCUUCCUCAGCACAGCAGCUGUGAGCCUGAUGACCCCACGGCGGCCUCUGAGUACCUCGGAGAAAGUGAAGGUCCGCACACUGAGCGCUGAACAGAGGACCCGUGAGGACAUCGAGGGCAGCCACUGGAACGAGGGCCUGCUGCUCGGGCGGCCCCCUGAGGAGCCUGAGCAGCCCCUCACCGAGAACUCCCUGCUGGAGGUCCUAGAUGGUGCCAUCAUGAUGUACAACCUCAGCGUUCACCAGCAGCUGGGCAAGAUGGUGGGUGUAUCCGAUGACGUCAAUGAGUAUGCGAUGGCCCUGAGGGACACAGAAGACAAGCUCCGCCGGUGCCCCAAGCGGAGGAAGGACAUCCUUGCAGAGUUGACAAAGAGCCAGAAAGUUUUCUCAGAAAAGCUGGAUCACCUGAGUCGCCGUCUUGCCUGGGUCCAUGCCACCGUCUACUCCCAGGAGAAGAUGCAGGACAUCUAUUGGCUGCUGCGUGUCUGCCUGCGGACCAUUGAGCAUGGCGACCGCACGGGUCCUCUCUUUGCCUUCAUGCCUGAGUUCUACCUCAGUGUGGCCAUCAACAGCUACAGCGCUCUCAAGAAUUACUUUGGCCCUGUACACAGCAUGGAGGAGCUCACAGGCUAUGAAGAGACCCUGACCCGCCUGGCUGCCAUCCUUGCCAAGCACUUUGCUGACACACGCAUCGUGGGCACUGACAUCCGUGACUCACUGAUGCAGGCCCUGGCCAGCUAUGUGUGCUACCCAAACUCCCUGCGGGCCGUGGAGCGGAUCCCUGAGGAGCAACGCAUUGCCAUGGUGAGGAGCCUCCUGGCUCCCUAUGAGCAGCGGCCCUGGGCCCAGACCAACUGGAUCCUGGUGCGGCUCUGGAGGGGCUGUGGGUUCGGGUACCGCUAUACACGGCUGCCACACCUGCUGAAAACCAAACCUGAGGACGCCAAUUUGCCCAGCCUCCAGAAGCCCUGCCCUUCCACCCUGCUGCAGCAGCACAUGGCAGACCUGUUGCGAGAGGGCCCUGACGUGGCACCUAGCUUCCUCAAUAGCGUCCUCAACCAGCUCAACUGGGCCUUCUCUGAGUUCAUCGGCAUGAUUCAGGAGAUCCAGCAGGCUGCUGAACGCCUGGAGCGGAACUUCGUGGACAGCCGGCAGCUCAAGGUCUGUGCUACCUGCUUUGACCUCUCGGUCAGCCUGCUGCGUGUCCUGGAGAUGACCAUCACACUAGUGCCUGAGAUAUUUCUCGACUGGGCCCGGCCUACCUCGGAGAUGCUGCUGCGGCGUCUUGCACAGCUGCUGAACCAGGUGCUGAACCGAGUGACAGCCGAGAGGAACCUGUUUGACCGUGUGGUCACCCUGCGGCUACCUGGCCUGGAGAGUGUGGACCACUACCCUAUUCUAGUGGCCGUGACAGGCAUCCUGGUGCGGCUCCUAGUGCAUGGCCCAGCUUCAGGGAUAGAGAGAGCCACAUCAGUGCUCCUGGCUGAUCCCUGCUUCCAGCUCCGCUCUAUAUGCUAUCUCCUGGGGCAGUCAGAGCCCCCUACUCCUGGCACUGCCCUAUCUGCCCCUGACCGGAAGCACUUUUCCCUACAGAGCUACACAGAUUACAUCAGUGUUGAGGAGCUGGCCCAGGUGGAACAGAUGCUGGCACACCUGACCACUGCAUCUGCCCAGGCAGCAGCUGCCUCUCUGCCCACCAGUGAGGAAGACCUCUGCCCCAUCUGCUAUGCUCACCCCAUUUCUGCUGUGUUCCAGCCCUGUGGCCACAAGUCCUGCAAAGCCUGCAUUAACCAGCACCUGAUGAACAACAAGGAUUGCUUCUUUUGCAAAGCCACCAUUGUGUCUGUAGAGGACUGGGACAAGGCAGCCAAUGCAAGUGCCACUUCCUCUGCUGCCUAGACCCACCUCACCCACAGAACAGGAACCUUCACCCUUGAAGUCAAACUCAGGCUGGGUCCUAUUUAUGAGCUCCCCUUGCCCUGUCUCCCAAAGCUCGUACCCACCCACCCACCCCGCCCCGGCCCCCGCCCUCAACCUUCUUGUCUGUGUGUAACCUUGUUGGCAGGAGCCCAGCCUUGCCCUAAUUGUGCCUGAGCUUGACUUUCAGUCAGGGCCACAAUGAGCAUUAAAUUAUUAUUCCAUACA